GCAGGACGAGUUUAGGUUUCUAUCGGUGGAGGUCGCCAGCUGUACUGUGGUGGGGAUGAUCCUCACUUCUUUCAAGUGCGCCGUCGAUGGGUUUGACUAGAGGCACACAGACGCCCACCUAUCCGCUCUCUCCGACUCACUUUCCAACGAGCGCUGCAAAAUGGCGGCCGCUCCAUCCAUCCAGCCGCCGUGCGUACACGCGACAAAGCGGGAAAAUUCACCUCACGCGGACUCCGACAGCCCCGCGAGCCGACAGGAUGAGGACGCAGCAUCCGAGGGGAUCGCCAUCCUCCGAGAUCUACCGGAACUGGAUCCGGAGGAGAUCGAAAGACGACUGCAGAAAACUCGCAGAGAGCUGAGCAACAGGAGGAAGAUCCUUAUUAAGAAUUUGCCACAGGACACCACUAACCAGGAGGUCCAUGACAUUCUACGCGAGUACGAGCUAAAAUACUGUUUCGUGGACCGGAACAAAGGAACAGCCUUCGUAACCCUUCUAAAUGGUGACCAGGCACAGGAUGCCAUCCGAAAUCUGCACCAGACAUCAGUCCGCGGCCGUGACAUCACCGUCCAGCUCCAGCCUACGGACUCUCUCCUGUGUGUCACCAACCUACCCUACACACUCACUGCCACCCAGUUUCAGGAGCUGGUGCGUACCUAUGGCAACAUCGAGCGCUGUUUCCUGGUUUACAGUGACCUUACGGGACACUCUAAAGGCUACGGCUUCGUGGAGUACAUGAAGAAGGAUUCGGCAUCCAGGGCACGGUCAGAACUCCUGGGGAAGCCGUUGGGUGACCGGGCGCUUAUGGUGCAAUGGGCUGAUGUCAACCAACUGACCUCUACUGACCACCUCCAUUCCAAGUGCCUGUGCGUGGAUCGCCUGCCGCUGGACUUCGAAGACUCAGAGGAGCUGGCUCACAUUUUUUCAGAGCACUACAAAACUGUCUUCUGCCAGCUGGCUCAAGAUGAGGGGAGUCCAGUACGGGGUUUCGGUGUUGUUGAGUAUGAGAGGGCGGAGCAGGCCGAAGCCGUUCUGCUGGAGAUGGACAGGCAGCUGAUCCAGGGUCAGGAGAUACGGCUGUGUCUCUGUCCUCCAGGGACCUCUGGACGCAGCACACUUGCUGCCCUCAUCGCUGCUCAGGGCGUGAUGUUGAGCAAUAAGAAAGGUUUGCUGCCAGAACCCAAUCUGGCCCAGUUCCUUAAUAGCAUGACCAAUCCUGCUGCUCUCCAAGUUCUUAUGAGACCCUACCCUACAGGCAAACGUGGAGGAAAGUUUGGCCGACCUCACAAUCUCCCGUUCCUGCGUCCACCGCUCACUGCAGCUCUGCUUCAGUUAGGAAAAGCACAGCAGAGUGCCAUUCUAGGUAAUGGUCUUGUUCUACAGAAUCUUCUCCACAUGCAGAUGGCUCAACAGCAGCUCUUACAGAUUAAAGACAAGCACAUUUCUAAUGUCCCUGGUCUGUUGGGCGAUCCCUCCCGGCUGCUCCUGCAGAAAGUUCUGGGUCUUCGAGCUCCUGCACAGGUUCCUCUGGGGAAGGGGUUGCUGGGAGAUUCUCCCACAGAGUUGGGUCAGGACUCUUCUCCAGUCACAUCCCAGGGAGCGAGCCUAGGGCCUGGAAUAUCUGGUCGCUCACAUGGAAAUUCCACAUCUGAGCAGAACGGAGUCCCGACAGCACCCAUUGCACUGGAAAAACAGCCCACACCUCCAGGAACGACAGGGGGUUCUGUAUGCGCCCAAAGCCAGAUGCAAAACUUCCUCCCUGGAAUGAACACAGCGAGUCUGGGUCCAUUGCUGGGUAACACGACGCACAAACCUCUGACCAACCAUCACAGCACUAGUCCACAGACUAGCUCUUGUGUUACAACUCAAUCCAAUUGUCAGACAUCUCUAUUAGGAGACCCUCCUAAAGAAGUCAAGUUGCCUUCCAACCCCUAUCUAAACCUGGCUAGUGUGCUUCCCGGAGUGGUAUUACAAGCACCCUGCAACAGUAAACCUCAGACCGUUCAGACUCACAGUGGGACGUACAGCGCAGUCCUGCCCCCUGCCACUCAAUAUAGUGCAGAGACCACACCUGCUGAAUACACUCAACAAUACGCUCAGCAAUAUACACAGGAAGCAAUGCAGCAGUGGUACCAACACUACCAAGCACAGGGCUAUGGCAACACAAUCCAAGAGACAACUGCAGUCCCAGAAUGCCCAAAAGAGCAACCUCAGGUGGUGGUCUCCUCUUCAUACGGAGACUACAGUUCCUACAUGCAUGCUGUCAGUCAGUACUAUUCUCAGACACAGAUGAGCCAGACAGCUGCUCAAGUCUACCAGCCCCGAGAUGUCAGCAAGGAGGUGGAGGUGAAGACGCCCCUAAGUGCUCCUCUGCACAGCUCUCUGAAUGGCAGUGCCCAGCCUCUUCUGCCUGCUUACAGUGCUCUUCCCAUCAUGCCCGGUUUUAUCACAACCACACACACGCCCAGUCCUGCUACACACGCUACGCCCACAGCUACAGACUGGAAUCAUUAUUACUAUAAUCAAGCUCGGGGACAAAAGAGAGAAUACCCCACACUGCCGACACAGGAAGUGACAUCAGAGGGGGCGUAUGUAGGCCAACACUCACAGGGUCUUGGGGGCCAGUAUGCAGAUUUCUUCAAAAAGAAGAGGAUCUAACCCACACACACUUCCAUACACACACACACACACCUCUAUGUGCUGUUGCUGUUGUCAUGUCCAAGCCUUAACUCUUAGUCACCUAUAGCUGAUAUUUAUGAUGAGAUUGUACAUUUCAUUGUGCGUUACGAGGUCUCCUCUUCUUUAACAUUUCUGUGUGGUACUGUUUUGAUCUCUGUAUAAACCAGGCAGAACGGUACGAAGCUUUACUGCUACUGAUAUUUAUAUUUCUCUGUUCUACAUUUCGACCUCUCUCCCAGGCAAGGUGUACCAUUCCACUCCAGCGAGAGAGAGAGAGAGAGAGAGAGAGAGAGAGAGAGAGGCGGCCGUUCAGUGUCCGAGUUUUACUGUAAAUGGUUAAGGGCUGAUAAAAGAUGAGCUACACUCAGAGGAAUAACAUUUUCUUUUCUUUUGUUCUCGAACAGGGUAGGCAGGGCAUAGCUUAUGUAUAUUCUAUAUUCUGCGAAACAAGUGUAUUUUUUACAGUGUACAGAUAUAAUGAAUAUAUUAACGUUAUUAUUAUUACGUGUCGCUUUACGUGUCAUACAGGUGUUGUUGUUUAUUAAUGCCCAGAUCAGCUUUCCUGAAGUGUGAAUACGCCAGGCGCUGUUCGUAUCUCGUGUCUUGAAAUGUUUCUGUACACACUGCUGUAUCUGUAGGAAAGAUCAGCCAUUCUGAAUACUGCAGUAGCCUUAAAACAACAGACAUGGCUAGGGCAAUAAUCGCUUGGAGAAACUACAAUGUACUUACAACAAUACAAAACAAGGUCGCUUCCUUCCAGUAAGGGUGGAUUGACCUCCCUAUAACUUGUAACGCUACGAUGCUGCCCGAUUUCUGUCUAAUAACUGUUAGAGUAAUAAUACAUAGUUACAGUAGUAGUAAUAGUGUUGGAAGGAUAUGUGUGAUGUGACGGAGGUUAGAAGGGUUAUGUAUGGGUGCCAGUGCGCUGUGGUUUUAUCUCUCUGUAAAUCUGUAAAUCUGUUUUUGGUGCCAUUAGCUUUAAUGAGUAUCUUUGUUUUUCAAAUAUAAUUAUUAAUAUUAAUAUCAAACCAAUCUUUUAAAUAACCUUAACAUAAAUAAUACAAUUGCUCAAGACAUGCAAGUUUAAUCUUGUCCUGUUGGCAGAUUUUUUUUCAUUUUGCUUUUCUCUUUUAAUAGUGGUAUUUGCUUAAAUAGGUGACACGAAUCUGCAAAUAAAAACAAGAUAAAACACAUUUUUUUAAAUAUUUUUUACUGGAAAACAAGAUGCUUAUUAUCAAGCAUUGGAUUUUUUGCAGCGGGCUUUAUUGGUUACCGGUUAGAUGUGGUCUUGAAUUGUCUUAAAAGAAAAUGUUUUUUUUUCUACGUACGGCGCACCCAGAGGCCUGGCACGUUCACGUUUGAUUGAGGCUACGUGCCUUGUUUUUCUACUCUUUUAAAGCGAUCGUCUUUAUUUCUGCUAUCUUUGAAAGCCAUUCUCUCACCUAGACAAUAGAUUUGAGGAGCCUGUGUUAUUGUGUCCUAGUUAUUUUAGCUUUAUUGCAUUUUCGACUACUAUAAAGACAAUCCCGAAAUCAUAGCAGUACCCGAGGCGCUGAGACCCACUUUCUGCACCUAAACACCAAAGGCCUUUUUCAGAGAAUGCUACAAAUGACAAGAAUUAACAUAUGAAAGGAGUCAUUUACCUUCAAAAUGAAAAUGCUGUCAUCAUUUACUCUCCCUGUUGGCAUUUUAAACUUUGAUUUUAUUUCUUCUGCAAAACACAGACGAAGAUUUGAUAUUGGACGUUGGUCACCAUUGACUUCUUUUGUGGUUUUCUAGUUCCAACGUUUUUCAAAAUAUCUUCUGUUUUCUACAGAAGAAAGAAAGUCAUACUGGUUUGAAAUGACACGAGGACAUGCAAAUAAUGACAGAAUUUUCACUUUUAAGGUGAACUAUUCCUUUAAAUCAUAUUUUGGUUUAUGUACCUUUGCAAUAAAGCUGUGUUAGUUUCUAGAACCUCAGAAAUAUAAUUUUUCUGUCAGAACUACAGGGAUUAUUUAAGCACAUACUUACGGUUAUCUUCCUACAAGACCUUUCCUACCAUCUUCCCUCUCAUGUAAUAAUCUCAAAUGUUCUUCAAAUGAAGAGAAGUUUUUCCUAAAUGAAGGCAAACCUCUGGGAAGAUUGAGGAUGGGAAUUUGUGCCUACUCUUAUGCCGCUAGUAUUCCUCCCAUGUAUUUUAAAUUGAGACUGUGCAUCGUUCCCAUUUCGCACAGCAAGGUCAGCGGACCUCAAUAUCAGAAUGUCCAUCUCUGAAUGUUAUGAACGCGUAUGUGUGCGCUUGUAUCUCAAAGCUUUGCAAUACUGAAGUGUGUCUUGAUGUAGAGGGUACAGGCACCUGUUCAAACAUGCAGGGGGAUUAACACUUGUGCUUUGUACACAUAUCGCAGCCUGAUUUUAGUUUACAAGGUUGUCGUUUUUUUCACCUUGAAUUAACAUUUUGCAAUAUUUUAUAUCCAGACUCCGUUGAUAUCGCUUUACUGUGAAUAAGCUAUUUUUAGGAAGUGGAAUUUAAGCAUGCAAAUAAUUCUGCAAUACAACAAAAAAAUCUUUUUUUUUCAGUAGAUGUGUCAGCGCUUGCUGCUUUUGAGUAUUUAUUCAACAACAACAAAAAAAGAUUGUAAUUGUAUUUAUUUUGUGUAUUUAUGUACAUUUUUCCUGUUCGAUACUAUUUUGUUGUUAUUCUUUUUUGAGGAAAUGGUGUGGGGGUUUAUUUCGGGCAGAUGGAUUUGUUUUGCAUUCCACAUUAAAGGACAGAAGAAUUACA